AUGAAGCAAGAUUUGCGACGCGGCCGUGGCCAAUGGAGAGGGUGUUAUUCAUUUAAAGAUAUUAUCUCCCGCGAUGAGCCUUCCCACGGUACAUCAACAAGGAACGGAGGCCUGAGGAUGGGCAACACAUAUUACUACUACUACGAAGUAGACGGCUCUACAGAAAUACACGAUCCUGCUCAGCCUUCAACAAAUGCCUGUCCCUAUAUGCCAGGCCAGACUGUCAAUACACUUCAUGUCCCAAUCGAACAGUCGUUGAGGCAUCGCAGCGUUUCCGUUAAUUCGCUUCGUCGGGAAUCAUACAUGACGAUGAAUCCUGAGGCGAGAUAUGUUACCCCAGUUCCUGCCCCUGCGGCCUCGGUUAAUGGUGCAGGUCGUCGACUUGGCUCUGCCUCAUCUUUGCUAUAUAAUCGCCAAUCGAAUCGUUCGGAAUCUGUCGGUCCGUCCUGGAAGAGACUCUUUAGCCGCAAGUUGGUAUGUCGAGAGAUGGAGAGACCUGCUACGUCUGGCCGCAGUCGCGAUGGAACCAUGACACCAUCCUCGUGGCCGUUGCCUGACAGUAGACCGACGUCGUCAUCCGAUGGCAAGCGGACCAGGGAUAUCUCUCCAGAGUCUCUGCGGCGAUUUCUGGUAGAAGACCCGCCGCUGCCACCGGAACCAACUCUCAACAACCCCCCACCGCCCCUGGAAAUUCCAAACGAACCAAGUGAAGAGGUAGAUGAUGAUGACGAGAACUUUGCCACGUCGGCCAUAUCAGAGACCCAAGUGUUCGCAACCAGACUAUCUCCUCCUCCUUUCCAGCGUUCAGUAUCAGCAGACACGCUGCCUCAAACAGUCGCCAACUCAAGUUCAUUGACACUCACGAUUCGACCAACGAGCAAGAAGCAAAGCCCAACUUUCCAGGAGCCCUCAGAUCUGGCUGAUAUCUCGCAACUGCCCAAGCUUGACACUUCUGAACCCAACCAUUGCGACUCGUCACCAUCAAUUUCGUCAAGUACAUUCGCAACCCCAAUGUCACCACAGUCUCUGGCAGAGGAGCUGCCAUCUUUUUACGAUUCAAAUGAUGAAGAUGUCUUGUCAAGCUAUGACGGAGACUAUUUGUCAUGUGGGCCGCGAGCAGGGCUUGCGACUCGGGAGUCUUUUAAGGGAUACAGUCUACCGAGGCAUGGUGAGGAGCACAAGUCCGCGGACAGCUCUAGUCCCAGAAUGACGGGUUUCAAUACGACAUCCCUUCUCGCUGGCCACACCUCGAGCAUGCCGAUUGGUGGUGCGAAUUAUCUUGGUGCCACCAUUGAUACUGGUCUGGAUGACUUCGUUAACGAACUCGGCUUGAUGGUGGAUGACAUUGGCAACAAGAACAAUUAA